AUGAAGCCGGGGAAGGCACCAGGACCUGACCGCAGACUUCCUGAAAUCGGCGUCCCGCACCGCGCUAUAACAGGUACAUGGACGCGCAAGAGGUCCCGGACUAGUGGAAGACGUCAAGCACGAAUCGUCCUCCUCUCGCAGCCAUACAAGCUGUUCACGAAGGUAGUCUUUGAGAAACAGCUGAAUGACUAUCGACCAGUGGAACAGGCCGGGUUUCGCAAGUGCUUUUUUUGCAUGAAUCACAUCCAUGCUGUCACGCACUUGAUCGAGCGAACCAAGGAAUACAAGCAGCCGCUCCUCCUCUGA